AUGAGCGAGAGGAUGGACCCGCCGUCGCCGGGCGGCGAGAGCGAGGAGUUCCAUUUCCACAACCUCAGGCGGGCGCAGCGCAGCUCGUCCAUGAGUGCCGGCUUGUUCGCAACUGGUUCGCCCAUGGCCGGCCCAUCGGGCGGCGCGUCCUACUUCCCCGCGUCCUGGUCCACCGGCACCUUCAAAGGUCCCCCUGCCGCCACGCUCUCCGCCACGUCAUCCAUGGGGACCGUGCCGCCAAAAUCGGGCUUGCAUCCAUCGUUUGCCCCGUGGCGAAGGCGGAGCGAGAGCGUGGGGUCCAUGGACGUGGGGCCGACGACCCCCAGCUCUAUCUUCCUGCCUCGCAGCACCAGCGAUUGUUUCGACGUCGCGAACGCGUCGCAGCUGGGUAGAUUGGGAAUGUCCCCAGUCGCAGCAGCCGUCGCAGCAGUGGACGGCUACGGUUCGAUCGAUCAGCGGUACGGGUCGAAUGUCGCCAACGUACCUCGCACCCGCGACGGCACCGGCAGGCGAUUAGCAUCGGCAGAGUUACCCCAGCGUCCUGUGAGCGCAUCUGCGGAACUUUCAGGGCGCGCGUCGAGGUUGUCGCGGGGUUCGCCACCUCAAAUCCAGCGGCCGGUCUCCCCGCCGCCUUUCACUCCCCCCAUUCCCGUCGCGGAGCCCGUUUCUCCCGAUUCAGCAGAACCCGAUAUUAUCUUUAAGGCUCCGUACGCUAACGUGGCACCUGCCGUGGUUGGUGCUGUCGGCAUGCAACGGCUGUCGCUGCAGGUGAACCGGCUAGAGGUCCACACGGACGGCGUCGGCAGCCGAGAUGGCAGUCCACGUGGCAGCUGCUGCGGAAGCCCGGCUAGCAGCUGCGGCGCCAGUCCACGUGCCGGCUGGUCAGGCAGUCCGCGUGGCAGCUUCUUCGGCAGUCCACGUGGCGACAGCCACGGCGGCACGCAGCUGAACAGCGGGCAGAGCAGCAGAGAAACCAGCCCCAAAGACCUUCAGGAGAUUAACUCCUUUGAGACAAACCACUUCCCGGCGGGGAGAUUAAGCAUCCGCGCAGGAAGCCACGCGAGCAGCGCCGCGCACAGCAUGUCGGGGAGUCUCGCGAGCAGCCCGAGGGGCGUCAGCUGUGGCUAUAGUGCCCCCUGGGAGCUGCCUGGCGCCGGCGAUAUCAUCCGCUCCCCCGUCGCGCCGCCCACGGCGCAGGCGCCGCGCAACAGCGGGCAGCCGACCAUUCAGGAGCUUCUAGACGCGCUUAAAGCCAUCAGCCCGGACGCCGCGCUCGAAAGCGCCGCCGCCGCUGUCGCCGCGGCGACUGCUGCGGCCGUCGCGUCGAUGCCGCCCGGCGUGUCGAUCCCCCUCCCUGCCCUUUCCCCGUCCGCGUUAUUAUCCCCGAUCGCGGUCCCAAGAGCGGGGGACGGCGAGGGGUUGGGGCGCAGGCUGAGCGGCGGCUUGGACGGCUCGAGCCGACCGGGAUCGCCGCUAGCGCCGGUGCCGGAGGUGCCGCACGAGGAGGAGCGCAGCUGGGAUGGCCCGCCCGCCCCCCCCGCAAUGGGCUGUAGCGACGACGGCGCGGACGACAGCGACAGCCCCUUGGGAUCGCCGAUUCUAGGGUUAGGCGGGCGCGCGUUUUCGGAGAACGGGAAGUGGACGGGCAGCGGGAGGGCGGAAGAGCUGCGGAAGAGCCGCAGCGUGAGCGGCGGGGAGCGCGUUGGGGCGGAGGUUGUGAGCUUCCACGCGGUAUCUCCGCUGGUGGACGCGCGUGCCGCGGAGAAGGAGCUGGCAGUGCGCGCGCAGCACCAGCAGCAGCAGCAGCAGCGCGCGGGCGAACAGCGCGCGGGCGAGCACUCUUCCGCGGUGUGCAGCGCGUUCAGCAGCCGUAGCACGUCCGCGGACGGCGGGUCGGAGGAGAACGACCCCCUGGGGGACCUUCCAGGCAGCUUCGGGAGCCGUCUGGGUGUCGGGACCGCAGCUAACGGGCACUCUGGCGUGCAGGGAGCGCGGGAGGCGGGUGCAGCGGCGGCCGCAGGAGCGAGCGGGGGGAUGGGGGGAUCUCCGCGGUUUUCCGCGCGCGCGGAGGGCGCGGGCGCAAGGGGUCCGCACGUGUGGAAGGCGGGGCCUGGGCUGGGGGAGAGGCGGAGGAGCUUUGACGUGCGCGCACUGCUGAAACCGGAGGAGGGGGAGGCGGAGCAGAGGCGCGCGGGCGGGAGGAGCGGGCGCGGGGAGAGUUGGGCGGAAGUGGACUGGCUGGGGCUGGAGUUUGGCGCGUGGCGGGGGGAGGACCUGGGCGGGUUCACUUGGGAAGAAGCGGAGGCUGUGUGGGUGGUGGAGCGGGCGGGGGAGCAGGCGAAGGGGGGGAAGGGGAGCGAUGAGGGGCAGGAGAAGGUGACAGAUGGGGCUGGUGACUUGGGGAAUGGGAGGGAGAGGAGGGAAGGGGGGGAAGCAGCGAAGGCGGGUAUGGGCGGCCAUGGGGGGGAGGGUGGGGAGGCGAAUGGAAGGGGAUUCGGCCAUAAGGGGAGUGGGGCAGGAGAGAGCCGCGGGGAGAGAGGUGAUAGCACAAGACAAGGUGCGGCCAGGUGCGAGGGCGUGCAAAGCAGUGGCAGUGUAGUGAAGGAGGAGAAGGAGGAGAAGGAAGAGGAGAAGGAGAAAAAGGAGGAGGAGGAGAAGGAGAAGGAGGUGGUGGUGGGGGCGAGGGGCAGGCGGGCGAGGGCGCUGUUCCCCACGUGUGUGUCGCUGAGCCACUACCUGAGCGACCCCUCCCACCCCGACGACGAUGAGCCCCUGGAGGACGUGGCGCACGAUGGGGGCGAGGGCGCGCAUGGGGCCGAGGGCGCGCAUGGACAGCAGGGCGCGCAUGGGCAGCAGGGCGCGCAUGGGGGGCAGGGCGCGCAUGGGCAGCAGGGCGCGCAUGGGGGGGGCGCGGAGGAGAUGCAGCAGGGGGAAGGGGAGGGGAGGAGAGCGGGACAGGGAGAUGGGAGGGGUACGGGGCGAGUAGGGAGUGCAAGCGGAGGGGCGGAUGGGUCGGGGUUGAGCCAGGAAGGCAACGUGCUGCUGCCUGCUCGUGCCCCUGCCAGCCUCCGUUUCUCCCCAUCCAAGCCGCCUCGCCCAUCCCCAUCUCCUCCCACCCGUGCCACCCCGCCUCCCCCCCUCAGUCCUGCUCCCACCAUGGCCUCUCAGCCUGCUUCUGCGGUCCCAUCACCGGCCCCACCAACCCCACCGUCCACGCCACCCCCGCCUCCUGCGGUUGCUGCACCUGCGAGCCCCUCUCCUGGGGACUGUGUAGCCCACAUGGCCGCGUUUCUCAGAAACUUCCUGGAUCUUUCAGCCACGCCGUUCCUCUCACUCGCUCUGCCUGCUGCCACCAUCGUGAGCUGUAACGACGCCACGUGUCACACGCUGGGAUGGCCACGUCAGCAGCUGCUGUCCCGCAAGCUGGCCUCUCUGCUUGUUCAAAAUCAAGCACAGCAGGAAGCGCAAGCCCAUGAGGAAGAGCAACAGCAGGAGGAACUGAUGCAGUCUGAGGGUGGGGAGGAGGGAGAUACGGGGCACAGGGAUAGGCCGAUGGCGGUGCGGCAGCAGCAAGGGGAAGGGAGGAGGGAGAGUGAGAUAUCUUCUUUGGAUUCCUGGCUGGGUGCUAUUAUGCGCACUGGGGUUGGGGAGGGCCCCCUUACAGUCACUCUCGCGAGGCCCAAUGGGCUGGCUGCUGUGCGCGCCAUUCUCUUUGCUGCCACCCUACACCCCUGCUCUCCGCCCUCCCACCCCUCUCAACCGUUCCACUCUGCGAGAGCAGGCAGCGAUGGUGGUGGCAGUGCAGCAACAGCAGCAGCAGCAGCAGCAGCAGCAGCAGCAGCAGGGGAGGCCACGGUGGCCAUCAUGCUGCAGGUGCUGCCGUGA